UUCCAAAAGGCACAAGCACAAAUUUAUUUUAACAAACAACAGCUAUUUCUUAAGCAUGAUAAUAAAAGAAUCAAGGUACCUAUUUCUAGUAAUGAUAUCAAAAAGUUGGAAAUUCAGAAGAAAAAACAGCCUGGUAGCAAUAGCAGAGAUGAAUUUGGGAAAUACAUUUAUAAGGACAAAAAACUAGUCAAGGCAGAAGGAUACUAUACAGAAGAAGCCAUUAAAGAACCUGCAGACUUAUUUUAUAACCUGUAA